AGUAAAAGCGUUUCUGGUUAGUGUUUUUUUUCUUCUUUUUAUCUCCUUUGCUUUGUUCGGAAUAUCGGAAUUAAUACAGUUGAGAAAAGUUGUCAGUUUGUGCUUCAUAGUAUAGAUUUCUGAUGUGACACCUAACCACCUCUCUAAAUCUCAGCGAUAACAAAGACACAGACGUUACUCUGCCACAGGCUUGCAACUGGCCAUUUACUGGUUCAAUUUACAAUGCCAAAAGGGACUAGUGGACUCUCUGGAAAAAUACAGCGGUAAAAGUACCACAAGUCUUUCCUUCCAUACAACCUACUGUUCUUCAAGACCAACUGGCGUUUACGUAAUACCUACAAGGAAAAUACCAAAACGACAACAACGUUUAACUUUUGGCUGCAAAAAUUUACCUCACGUAUGGAAUAUUGCAAAGAGAGUAACAAGUGAUUUCUUCUGAAUUGCGGUUUGGCAACCGAUAUAGAAAUCUUGACAGCAAAUAUGUAAAGACAGGAACGACUACUCUAAGGAUAAGACCAUCAACAAAAGCAGGAACAGCUACAACAACAACAACAACAACAACAACAACAGCAGCAGCAGCAAUAAGACAACGCCGAAGCCGGUAGUGACGGUGACGAAUCCAAUAACGACGAUGACUGAACAAAUGAAUGAUUCAGAAGCCAUGCCGGCAACGAAAGGACUCAAAAGACCCGCACUUGCUGCUUUGAUUCCUGGAACUAAGUAUGAUCCGAAGACAUUUGAAGUGUCUGCAGCUUCUGAUCCAGAAGCACCGACUGUUGUCUUCAAUAUUCGUGGAACUAUCUUCGAAACGUAUCGUUCAAAUUUAUACCGGAAAAAUCUGAGCAAUUUGUCCAACGAAGAGUUUCUCACUCAAUUCUACCGAGUGACACCAAACGAUUACUUCUUUGACCGCGAUCCUUCACUUUUUUCAUCAGUGUUGGAAUAUCAACGAACCGGUGUGUUACAUAUUCCAGUGAAUGUCUGUGGUAAAGUGGCACGGCAAGAGCUGGAGUUUUGGGGAAUCGACGAAAGCCGUAUCGAAAAAUGCUGUUGGAGCACUUUUGACUCCUGGAAUAGCACUUACGACGCAUUAAAACAACUGGAAGAAGCCCAGACCAGAACAUUUAACCAAUAUACAGAGAAAAAAAUUGCUGAAAUGAAAUUUGGAAGAUUCAGAGCAGCGAUUUGGAAUUUUCUUUCUAACCCUAGGUCUUCACACGGAGCGAAAAUUUAUGGCAUGAUAACAGUUGUGUUUAUUAUACUGUCCGUAUUGUCUUUCAUCAUAGCUACUCAUCCCGUCGGCCGAGUAGAAGGGGAACGUGACAUUUUGGGACGAUUACACAGAAACAGAACGAACUCUGAAGCUACAUUAUUCACUGUGCCUCAUCCGGCAUUGAUCACAAUCGAUUUUAUUUGUCUCGCAUUCUUCACAUUUGAUUUAAUCACAAGGUUCCUCACUUGUCCAGAAUGGAAAAAAUUCGUUGAGGAUGCUUUGAAUAUUGUGGACUUCAUUGCAAUUCUCCCUGAUUAUAUCGACAUCAUUGUUACCAACACAGCUGAGACUAAUGUUGCAUUGGAAACCAUGCACUACGUGAAUUUUUUAAGAAUAUUUCGUGCCCUCAGGAUUUUCCGCUUGGUCCGUUAUGUCCCAGGCUUGUGGAUUAUGCUGUACACAUUCAAAGCCAGUUUCUGGGAUUUGUUGUUGAUGAUUUGUUUUAUGAACGUCGGUAUGAUUAUGUUUGCUACUUUCAUCUAUUACGCCGAGGAGGAAAAUUUCCCCAAUAUUCUCAUUGGUAUGUGGUGGGCACUGAUCACUAUGACUACGGUUGGUUAUGGAGAUAUGUCUCCAUCAAGUGACGCAGGGUACCUUGUUGGCUCGUUAUGUGCUGUCACUGGUUUGUUAAUGGUCGGUUUCACUGUUCCUAUUAUCGUCAGUAAUUUCGUCAUGUACUACAAACAUAUGCAAUCCAUGCAACAAGCAGAGAAACGUGAGAAAAAAGCUCAGGAAGAUUUGGAUCAGCUGCAAAAGUUGAUAGAAACUGAACAAAUAAUUGAACUACCAGCCGAAGAGAUGGGACCUGGGACUUCGUCGAAACUACGUUCUAAUGAACCACAAGAAAAACGUACACCACGUCUGCAUAUUUCUUCUUCGUCAAAACUUCAUCCGCCAUCUUACGACAGUUUGCCAAGUCGCAAUAAUCUCAGACGCUUGCGAGUUGGAAUUGCUCGAAAUUACAUGCUUGCCAAUAAUAAUAAGCAGACGACAAAUGGAUCACAUAUAUUAAAGAAACCUAAAGAAACUGGGAAUCCAGUACCAAGCAAGAAUAAUUGGGAUAAUUCAGACAUUCAUCGCCAUAUGAAUGGUGAAAACUCAAAUGUCAUCCGUGGACCCGAGAUAAACGAUAUUGAAACAUCUAUGUUAUAAAGACAUUGGUAUUGCCGGGCGACAAUCUGGUGAAAGUCGCCGGCAUUGAAUGUUAUUAACUUCCACUAUUCAAAUGUUGCUGUGAUUUUGCUUAUUUUAAUAUUUCUAAUGUUGAUAUCCUUAAUACCUGAAGCCAGUACGAGUCGUUGAUUCUUAUAAAUUACAUAUCGCCACGCCGUCUAUAAAAGAAGGCACCAAAAAAUUACGAUGAUAAUGUUGCUGCUGCUGCUGAUGAUGAUCAUACUAAUAUUAAAAGUAAUAAAUUAAUAAUUAAAAUAAUAAUGAUUUUUUUAUUUGCCAACAUGAUGAAGAGACAAAUGAGAGAGACAGAGCGAAAUGUGGAGUUUUAUAAAGAAAUAUCGAAUGCGAACAAAGAUGACAUAAUAUAGUAUACAAAUUGUAAACUAUUAUUUUAUAAUAAUAAUAGUGAUGAUGAUGAUGAUGAUGAUGAUGAUGAUGAUGGUGCCGCCUUCCUGGUGCAAAAGAGCGUGAAUCUAGGACCGAUCGAAUAACUCCACAAGAUCAUUCUGGAGACAAAGAGCAUGCGUCGUUCUCCAGCCUUCAGAUGGAUAUUCAGAGUAAUCACAUCUACUCUUACCAUUUUCCAAACUCUCAUUGAGAACGGUGCCACCACUUUAACCCUACUCCCAUUUUUCAAGUGAAAGUUGGAAAUGUCUAUGAGAACUCGGCCAAUAGUCGUAUGUACCCUACGCGCGACAGCUGCUGUUUGAUAUAACUCUGCCAAAAAUCCUCUAAAGGUGGCUUGAGUGGAAAUUUCGCGAUACGAUACGAAUUUCGCGAUACGAUACGAAUUUCGCGAUACGGAAACGGUUUCCACGAGUGAUCAUUACCGAGAAGAAGCUGCUGUACAUUGCAGUGAGCAAGCCUAUGAAAUGAGUUCGUUUCCUGGUUAACUUUAUCGAAAGCUUUCAAUUGAUCCAACUUGGUACGGGUCCCACAACUUUGUCAGUGAUAUUUUACUGGGGUAGGAAUUGAUGCAAACAUUCUUAUGUUCUUUAAGUUUGCGUUUAUCACUGUAAUGGACCAAGUGUUGUCUACAACAUAUCUCUUGUUGGUAUCCUUUUUUCAGCAGCAUUACCACUCCUCAGUUCACAGCACUUGGAAUUCUCUUAUUCCACAGCCAGUUGCGGUAGACAUCUUCCAAGAGGCUACCCAACAAAUCUAGCAUGUAUUCUUCAAUAUCAGGUUAGAUUUUCCAAACCAGGAUAUUUGCUCCUCGUGCAACUCCUUCCCGUCUCUUUAUCAUCUUCUGCCGUUGAUCGCAACAGGCCGACGAGGUAGGCAGUAAACUCCACUACCGUUUACAAUUCAUUGUCCGCCUCUAAGUGUCGGACCAAUUAGUGCUAGAAAGCCAUACACAUCUGUUCAGAACCGAGUAUCUCGCGCCCGUCUAUGUUCAUCAAAUACUAGAUUGUGGUUUGGUUUCUAUGUCAUUCUUCGCCCUCUCCGGCCUAUUGCAAAGCUAUUAGCUCCCUACAGUUUUUUAGCACACGAGCAUUAUCCCUGGCAACAUAACAUUUGUGUUUUGUGCUAAAAGCUAUUCUCGCCGCUAGUCUGUUGGUCGUGUAACUCCUCAAACAAUCUCUCUAUUAAGAACUCUUCAAUAAACGCUACCGAUCCUCUCUAUUCAUCCUCCUCAGGAUCAUCAUCGCUGGUUGUCGAAAAUUCCUUUCGACAACUGUCCCCUAGUUUGCCAAUCCGAUCCUGUUGUUUUUCCAGUAACUGAAUUUCUAUCAACGGGCCCUAUCUAUAUCGAUCGUGUAGACCACAAAUUUCUGCUAUUCUUAUCUGCUGGUCAGAUAAAGACUCUUUUUAGAUACGGGUCCAAGACAAUUGUCAGUCCAUUGAAGUCUAAAGGUUUCACGAAUAAUACGCCGACCCUUCUUCAGAUCCUUAGAGAUCACGGAAUGAGUAUACCUUGUAGUCAUGGAAAAUGGGCUCGAGUACGUUUGCUCCAGAGAUUCUGGUCUCUCUAAUAUCCAUCACAUCUAUAUCCAGUGACCUGAACUCGUCGAACAAGUUGAACCCAGUCAGCAAACAUUUAUCUGAGUGAAGAAAUUUUGAUUAAAGAAAGAAAACUGAGAAAGUCACUCAUUAAGGUCCUCGAAAGACCUGUUGACCCGAUCAACUCGUUUGAUAAGUAGGAGAUAUAUCAAAGGAGAUUUAAAAAAAAUCAUUUUGUUGUGCUUCUUUCUAAAAAGCCAAAAAUGAGAUCAUUUCCCUUCAACUGUCUCUAUGUUUGGGAAUUCCUUUCGUCCAGUAAAUCUCUCUUUACAUUCUCCUUCAUCGUUUUAGUAUUCGUUGUUUUCAUUUUUGACCUUGAAAUCGAUUUUGUUUUUUUUUGCUUCCUUUCGUGAUGUUGGUUAUGGUUAACGUUUUUGCUUAAACCGCUGCUUCUACUCUUAUUUAUUUUGCUUCUGCUUUUGCGGCUCUAGUUGAGUUUGUUGUCACUGGUUUGGUUCUUGUAGAUGCUGCUUUUGAUGUAGGGUCGGCAGUAGUGUGGGUCUGAUACCUACCACUACCGACUACUGGGCGCUCUUUAGUAUAUGAAGAGGUCAAGAAUUUCUCAAAUAUUUUCAUGUUCUCUCUUUAUGUUUAUCUCCAUACCAGGACCCGAUCAACCACUGUCUUUGUGUAACCUUUCUAUAUUCAGGAUGCUCCGCUCACCUUCAUCACACACGAUGAUAAUUAUCGAAAACCAGAUGUCUAUUUAUGGCGAACAACAUUCAGCUUUAUCACGACCAAACUUUUCUCCAGGCUGGAAAGAAUUCACAAAGUUUUCUUAUUCUUUAAAUGUGCAGCAAUGCGAGUUUGUACCUGUUUUACAGAGGCAACGAUCGCGUCUAUCGCGCUGGUUUCCUUACCACGAUAGGCAAAUGUGGGAUUUCACGUAAAAAAAAAAAACGGCGAAUUUCUUGGCAAAGUCAGAGUAAAGGCUUGGUGUGACUUCCUUGUACUGUAGCAGUGGUGUCAAUGAUGAUGACCACUACCACCACCACCACCACCACCACCAACACCAACAACACCAACAACAACAACAGAUAAUCUUUUCUUUAUUUGCCACAAGAGCUUGAAGGGAUACAGAAAGCUACAAUGUAACAAUAAACAGGGAGCUUCACACAUGUGGGGUUGGGCAGAGAAAACAUACGAAGACGAGGAAAGGCGUGUAUGAGUGUACAAUAUUUUCUUGGACGAAUUCAAAAUUUAUAAAUCACAAAUUUACAUGGAAAUAAAUAUUAAAAAAUUAUAACACAUGCGAUAAAUAAAACGAGAUUUUUAUAUAAAAAAAAAUAAUAAUUAAAAUCUAAAUUUGUGUUAACCAAGGUACCCCCACUUCCCUGAUAACGUCUGCUGUGUACUUCCUUAUUGGAUUGUUCAAAGUAGAAAGACGAAAAUCUUCGGGAAGUACUUGUGUUCAAUUUGGCAAGUGAGAAGCCACAUCUUGUGUAUUGUUAUAAAAUAUCAUUUCGUAAACUUCCGCUGGGGUUAACUUUGCUUUUCAUCCUUCCAGGGUCAAUGAAAUAAGUACUAGGUGAACUCUGGUCAACCUCUCCUCCCCAAAAAUUGCAGGCCUUGUGUUUAUCGUCGAACUUUACUCUGUAAAGUCUAUCUGAGAUUUGAACUAUUGUUCUCUGUGUUUAUUUCUGUUAUUCGGUUUAAAAUACAAUCCUAUUUCCUUCUCAUUUGCAUAUCACUUAUGGAUAUUUCAUACAUAUCUUAUCAGAACACUGUUUUAUUAUUUUCGCGAAUGGCUAUGAAUUUCAUUUCGUUUCAGCUCGCAGUUCACUGGUUCUCUUUCAUAAAAUAUGGUUUCUUUCUCUCUCAGCGGAAAAAAAGUACUUUAUGACAGAAAGUGUGCAUCACCUCGCAAUCUUUUAAGAGUAUUUUCUUGCUUUUUACCUCCAUCGGGUUUAUUUUUGUUUUUGUUAUUCUUCCCCUGCCCCGUUAGCCUCCGUUUGAUUCUCAUCUUCGUUAGUCGAUGGAUUAGUCAUAACGUGUGGGGGUGCUUUUGGGAUUCAUGGUUCGCUCCUGGCAAUGAAGAUGCACUAGUUUCAUUUGACACUUCACAAGUUGUGUAUGGUGUCAUCAUAGAACAGACACUCUCCAAGAUAUGGUUGCUUUGGUUCUUUUGAACUUUCUACACAGUGGUAUGCAUGGUCUAACUCUCAUACAUUUUUAGCAGCUGAAAAGAAACUUUGUUCUUGUAGUGCAGUUAUUGUUUUCUGAAAGAAAUAUUGAUAAAUUUGGUGCAGAUUUCAUUACUGGUUUAAUUAUAACACUCAACUAAUUGGAGUAUAAUACACCGCAAACUGAAGGUGAAGGAUACAGCGAUCGGUGGCAUUUGUUUCGGCUCUAGUUGAUUGCGUAUUUCAUUAACAUGACAUUUUAUCGACUGAUUAAGGAUUUAAUUAGUUCACUGCUAUGGACAUCGCAAUUUCAAUAUUAUAUACGCCUUUACUUUCAGAUUGGACAGUUUGGAAUAGAUCAGAAAAAAAAAGAACUGCAUAUGUUUCAUAACAUCGUAAACACCUUCCAUCUGUUCAUUAAAUUUACAAUGGAAGUUAGCAAGAAUAAGCUUCCAUUCAUGAACAUCCUCGUUAAAUUAUAGGAUUCCAGGAUAACAACAGACAUAUUUUUUAAAGAGGCUAAUAUUUAAAUUUUUAUUCGUGUCGUCUCUCACGCAUCAAACGAAAUAUCACAAACUGCAUAACAAGAUGCAAAUGUGCAAUAGUGAUCAAUCUAGACUAACGACUAAGGCAACUGGACGAACGUAAAGACUUUCUAAAACUACCGUAAUAUCCCCUGAAAUUAACAGGAAUAAAAAAGCAAAGGAGCGAAAUAUAUCGCAACUUAGAACACCAGCAAUCAAAGAGAAUGUAAUCUUAUUUCUCAGUACUUUUGACCAAUGAGUGUCUGGCCUAUACAUACCAUCAAAACGAAACCCCAGUCAUUAUUUGUAGCGCAUAUUUGAGAGUUCUAAGUGAUGGGCGAUCUCGUUACAGAGUUAAUUGGGGGGAAGACGUCGACAUGCUAGAAGCUAUAAUUCUCGCCCCUUUGUUGUUGCAGACUGUAGUCAUUGACUCUGAUAACUGAAGCCACUAACUUUCAUAAUUAGAGUCACUGACCUUGAUGACUGGAGUCGCUGACCUUGACAACCAAAGUAAUUACUUUUGAAGACUGGAGUCGUUGACCAUGACGACUGGUGCUCCUGGCUUUUACAUUUGGAAUCACUGAUAGUGACAUAGAGUCGCUGACCUUCACGGCUGGAGUCACUAACUUUGGCGAUUGAAGUCACUGACUUUGGUAAGUGGAGUCGGGAAUCUUGACUAGUGGAGUCGCUGACCUUGUCUAGUGGAGUCGAUGAUUUUUAUCAAGAGUCGUUGACAUUGACGAUUGGGUUUUUGAUGUGGAACACCCUAUAAAAUGAAUUUACAGUGAUUUAUCCAGAGAAAGAUAUUUUGAAAUGACAUUCUCACUUCACUACAACGCAGCACUCGUCAGUUACAUUACUCCCUCUGUUUAUUAAAUCAAUUAAAUGAAAUUGUUAUUGUUGUUUAGACUCAUGUUAGCUCUGAUCCAGCACAUUAUUGAUCAACACUACAACACCCGUAGUCAUAUCAUUUGUAUCCUUUACUCACCACACACACACACCAUCACAGACAUGUGUGUAUAUACAUGCAUACAUUGAAAUCGUUAUAUCUUAGCUAACGUGUACAUACUUAUAUACCUUAAGCACGUCAUAUUGCUGCAGUAUUCGUCUUUCAAAGCACCUCGUAUCGACGUAUAGUUUUAAAAAAUCACAGAAAUAUCAGCAGCAGACAAAACAUGUUGAGCACCAGCGGUGAAACUGUGACAUCAUGCGAUUUCUGCUUGUUUGUGAUUCAUAAGCAGGAGGUGUAUACUCUCACCAUAUGUUCGUCAAACAUAGUUUUUUUUGCUUUUUAGUACUAUGCGUCUAUACGAGAAGCUCCCUCAAGACAAAUAACGCAGUGUCUUUCUGCACUUUUGGCUGCCUACACAACGUUCAGUUAAAUAUUUUACCCAGUGGGUUUGGCUUAAAAGCGUUCGUAUGGUGCAUAGUCGGUCCUUAGCAACUUAACAGAAAUCUGCUUAGGAUUUUAAUAUUUUCAGAGAGGAGACCUAGUUUGAAUAUCUGCACCACCGUGGUUUUCGCUAAAGGUAUGAACAGGGCCACUUGAUAGAGUUAAACGGAUACUGAAUUAAAUCUAUUUUCCAACAACAAGAAUAGUGUUUUUAUAUGGACUUCAUAUGAGUCAAGUGAGUACUGUAUUAGAAACCACUCGCAACCAAAGUUGCCGGACGCUGAGAACGAACAUGCAACCGUUUGAAAGAAGAGCGAAUAUGUUAACCAAAUUUCAUGUCAUGAAAAGAUCGAAGCUUACAAAACUGUGUCAAUGCUUUGACUACUAAUAAAUACGAAAUCGAAAAUUAUGAGAAUAACAUUUUUAAAUACGCAAUAAAAUAAAUAAAGAUAAUUACUAAAUAAUAGAAUAAAUGCAUUUAUGUAUUUGGUUUGCAAGACCCUUGAUGUGAAAUCGUGUUCUGAAACAGAUAUUGUUAUAUUUGGGGACGGCCAUAUUGCCAGUAAACACACAGACUAUAUAUUUGAUCUUCACGUUGAAGAACAGAGAGUUAUUAAAGAGGUCACAGAAUGUGUGACGAUAGAACUUUGACCAAUAAACUAAUAAUAAUAAUAAUAAUAAUAAUAAUAAUAAUAAUGAUAAGGCUAAAAUGGCAGUCAAAUAAUAGUUCGUUUGGUUACUGGCAAAAGGACCAUCCCUAUAUAUAACGAUGAAGAAUAAAAUUCAGAAUAAAUUAAACUAAAAUGAAAGAAUACAAUAAUUAAAAUGAACAAACAGUAAAAUAAAUAUGUACAAAAUAAAAAUAAAAGAAUAAUUAAAUGAAAUAUACUGUCUCAGACUCAAUGUUGUCCAUUCAGUGAAAACGAAAGAAGGGAGGUAAGUCUAACUUCUCGAUCUAAGGGAGAUAAUUCAGAUUAUGUUUUUUCGCGAUGGACGUUCUCCUUUCAGAGUGACAUUUCAUUCACGACUCAUGGCGAUUCAGUAGGGUUUUCAUGAAAGGCACUCCAGUCGUGGCCAACUGUUCUUUUAUUUUGUUUUCGCAGAAAGACUGGUGAACAGAUAAAUAUGUAAGACGAAAUAUAGAAUGAAUUUCAGG